GCUGAUUCGGAGAUCGUCACGGUGCUCCGCGACCAGUUGGCCCGGUGCGGGCCCCAGCAGCUGGCGCCGCAGCCUGCGGUCUCGUGGGCCUUCUUGAGCGGCUUCGUGAGUGGCAUCUGCCUUUGCGCGUCCAUCUUCCUUCGAUCACUGCGAGUGGGUCAGCGCCUUCUGAUAUCGUGCGACGUGGACCCCGACUUGUACCACGAGCGGCUGAUUCUGCAGAACGUGCCCGGUGAGCUGCCAUGUUCGUACCUUGUGGCUACGCCGGAGGGCGACCUGUACGAGGAGGACCUGCUGGAUUCUGGAGGCGAGGUCUUCUUGCUUGGCCCGCGGGGCGGGUUCAGUGGCAGGUUGCCGGCAGCAGCCACCCUGUACCGCUUCGAGGCCGAAUACCUGGACGACAACAAGGCCCGCUUCAUCCAGGAGGGCCGCGAAGAACUUGCGCGCCUCCAGGGCGUCGCCGGCUUCGUCCCCGUCGGGCGCGCUGCCCCUCCGGGCGAUGGACCACCGGUGCGUUGGGUCGCUUUCGAAACGCGCUUCGGCAAGCGCGUCGGCGAGGACGUCAGCGAGCUCCCAGGACAGCGGUUCCUGUACGGCGGUCGCGGCAUCAUCACGAUUUCCGAGAGCCAGUACAUGGCCAUCGCCUGGGCCGACUCCUUCACGAACGGCACGGUUGCCGACGGCGGGGACCAGGACGUCCGCACGCUGACCGUGCGCAUGGAUUCCGCGGGCAGGCGGGAAGCGGUCUUCCCCGACGUGUGCAAGCAGCUGGACUCCGCCACGAUCAGCGACUGGCGCGUCGCCGGCCCUCGCACCAUUGCGCGGUUGUGCCGCGCCCUGGCAGAGACGGGCACGACGCCAACCCAGCAAAACUAUUGGUGGCGGAGCACCAUCGGUCUCAGCAUGUCAGACAACGGCGUGGACGAACACCUGUUCUUGAGCGAGCUGCUGGAAUGGGCCUUGUGCCACGACUUCCUCGGCUUCGGCAGCUUCUUCAUCGGCGAGCACAUCAGCCGGAGGUAUCAGCUGUGGGAGGAGGUGUACUCGCACGCGCUGCUCGAGCGCGAGGCUGGGGCAUCCGCUGCCGAGGGGGUCGACGAGCGGCGCAUCUUCUUGGGCGCAAGGCGCAAGCGCCGCAAGGAGCGUCGCUUGGCGGCUGGGUCGGGCGAUCAGGCGGACGAGGGCGGCGGCGAGAACAUCGGGGCGGCGGCCAAGGCCAAGGGCCGCAACGGAGCUCGGAUCACAGCUGUGCUGAUCUUCAAGAGCGGCAUAUUCUGCCUUUUCCUGGUGGUCGGGCUCUCAACGACGUUCUCCUUGGCGACGCGGUCGCCGCUUCGGUCGGCCAAGUGCGUCGUGCUCGUCACAGGCGUUCUCAGGAAGUUUGGCUUCGAGAUGGUCUCGCUGCUCUUGGUGAACUCG